AUGGAUUUCCUCAGAAUCCCUGUGGAUAAGCAUGAUAUUAAACCCAUUGCAAUCAUUCGAUUAUGUAGCACAUUCACAGUUUCAUACUCAAGUAACGUCAUUACACCUACUCCUAGUCUUGAGACCAUUAGACCUGGCACAUUUGACCCGGCUAAUCACUACACGAAGGAUGCCUACCAACCUAGUGAUCACGUUGCUAACUAUCUAUAUUCCCUUAGUCUAUCUCUAACCGAGGUCAAGCCACAAAAGAGGCCACAGAAUGCCCACCACAAGCUUUACCACAAGCGAAGUGAACGAGGACAAAAAAACUCGCGAAAUAACCACCUGAUUCUCAAGUCAGGCAUCGGCGUAUAUUCUUCUGUGGAGAAUAAGCCCGAAAGUCAUCUUCCCGCCCAUCGAGAACUCACCGAUAGCAUCACACCUCUUAGUAGGGAUUCUGUCAUUUAUAUCAGGAAACAUCUUACUAAAGCCCAGGCAAGACAACAGCCGAUUUAG